UCCCAAUACAUAAAGGAAGGAGCAGUUCGUGUGGAAGAAGAAGAGGAACGAAGAGAAACCCAAAACCAGAUAUGGAUGUGAGAAGCAGAAGAGCCAGAGAGAGUAGUCCAGACAGAGCCAAAGUGUGCAUACGGCCUCGAGUCAAACCGAUCAAAAGAGUCCAAGUAGUUUACUAUAUUUCAAGAAAUGGUCAACUUGAGCACCCACACUACAUGGAGGUCACCCAUUCAGCCAAUCAACAACUCCGUUUAAGAGAUGUUAUCGAUCGGCUUACUGCUCUGAGAGGCAAAGGCAUGCCAUCACUUUACUCUUGGUCUUGCAAAAGGAGCUACAAAAAUGGGUAUGUAUGGAACGAUUUAGCAGAGAAUGAUAUCAUCUACCCAGCAGAAGGGGCAGAGUAUGUGCUCAAAGGCUCUGAAUUGGUUGAAGGUUGCUCUGAAAGUUUUCGACAGCUGAUUGAAGAACCAAAACGUAAACCAGUAGAUCUAACUCGAAACAGGGGACGCACAGAAACAGAGAAAGCUAGAUACAUUGAAGAACAAGAAUACGAAGAGGAAGAAGAAUAUGAAGAUGAGAAAACAAGCUUCACCAGCUCGACGACUACUAACUCUCGUUGUUCAAGGGGCGUGUCCACUGAUGAACCGGAAGAGCAAGAGACCCACCCACCUGAGUCAACUCACCGUGACUCGCCGCCACCUUCCGAGUCUGCCAAAAUCUCCGACAAACCCAAAUGCCAAAGUACCAAUACGUCCAAACGAUUCGAAGAUGGUGACCCGGCGACAACCGGUUCAGAACCGGGGCGCAACUCGGUCCUUCUCCAACUCAUUGCUUGUGGAAACUUCGCUGGGAAUAAGGGAAAAACUGUAAAUCCGAAGCAACCGGUCUUGAAAAACACUGUGACUAGAGCAAGCAGCGAUCUUCAAAAAGGGGUUCUGCGCAAGACUGCGAUGAAGGUUGUUGAAGAGGAGAUGAUGAUCAAUUGUAUAUCGGAGAAUCCAAGGUUUGGGAGUCUACUAUCUGAAGGGAAAGAGUAUUUCAGUGGAAGCAUCGUUGAGUCAACGAGCGAAGACCGAGUUUUGACCGAGCCAGGCCUCAAGAGAUCAAACUCUUACAAUGAAGAAAGGAGUGGGAUGGCGGGACUAGGAGAGAGCCGGGAGGCAGAGGAGUCGAAGAAGGGAGACAAAGCAGUGAGAGCAAAAUGCAUUCCUAUUAGAAAGCCUUCGUCUUCAAGACAAAACAAGAAAUGAUGAUGAAGUUUGAGAUUCAAUGGAGUGGUUGUUGGAGGAAUAUUAUUACAUUAGCUGGUGUUCAUUUAGGUUUUCUGUAUAAUUAAGAGAGAUUUUUUCACUGUUGCUUUGUCUAAGGUUGGUAGGAGUAGUGAAUGUGGAUACUGUUAACGACUGUUGGAUUCUCUGUUUCUCUUGCAGAAUGGAUACUUCCUAGGAUUUUUGUCUUCGAGUGGUUUACUGAUCAUGGGCUGGGCCGAUUGCUUACCCAUUUAAGACCUUGCUCUUGUAAAGUUCAGCUGGGUCUCGAGGCCCAACUGGGUCAUAGGCUUUCCUGUGGACCAACAAUUAGUCCACCAUCUUAAAGGUCUAAUUCGGGCCAAGCCCGUUUUACACUCCUACACUAGAUUAAGAGGACAAGGGAAAAGUAUAGGGAUUCCGGUAAAUGAGAUCUUAGUCAUUCUAAUAAUUGAUAUGUCAAGUCUCUGGUUCAAUAAUAAGGUUUUAAGAUCCCUGCAUUUACAUCAAG